UUGGGCUGCGGCGGCGGCAGCUGUGGGAGCUGAGGCACUGCGUGGUAGAGGUCCCAGACGUCUGCGGCUCUGGCUCCGCAACCCUUCGCCUCUCACCCGGGUUCUGAGAACCGAACGGCGCUAGCCUUGGGAACUCGUGGCUUCUUCCGACACCGCCCUCCUUCCUUUCCGAGCCGCGGGCCUAGCUCAGUGCCAGGCGACUCCGCAGGGAGGUGGCGGCGACGGCUGCCUGUCUGUGAAGAGCAGUCCUGUCCCCCAGCCUUGCUUCGCCGCCGGGCCCUACAGGGGCCGAGAGAGCCUGCCCUUCCCUUCGCCCUUUUGGUCAACUGGUUGGAAUAGCGUCGGCACGGGAGGUCUCUGGACUGAGGCGGCGGCGGCGGCUCCAUCAUGUCCGCGGGCGGAGACUUCGGGAAUCCGCUGAGGAAAUUCAAGCUGGUGUUCCUGGGGGAGCAGAGCGUUGGAAAGACAUCCUUGAUCACCAGAUUCAUGUAUGACAGUUUUGACAACACCUAUCAGGCAACAAUUGGUAUUGACUUUUUAUCAAAAACGAUGUACUUGGAGGAUCGAACAAUCAGGCUGCAGCUGUGGGAUACUGCGGGUCAGGAACGUUUCCGUAGCCUCAUUCCCAGUUACAUCCGUGAUUCUGCUGCAGCCGUAGUAGUUUACGAUAUCACAAAUGUUAACUCAUUCCAGCAAACUACAAAGUGGAUUGAUGAUGUCAGAACAGAAAGAGGAAGUGAUGUUAUCAUCAUGCUAGUAGGAAAUAAAACAGAUCUUGCUGAUAAGAGGCAAGUGUCAAUUGAGGAGGGGGAGAGGAAAGCCAAAGAGCUGAAUGUUAUGUUUAUUGAAACUAGUGCAAAAGCGGGAUACAAUGUAAAGCAGUUCAGCAAUGUUUAUGGACCACUUAAAUCUGAGCAUUUUGCACGGUAUGUUUUUCAGCCAAGUGAGAGUUUAAAACUGCCUUUAAAUCCCAACUCAAAUGUUGUUGCAGCAGCUUUGCCUGGCAUGGAAAGCACACAGGACAGAAGCAGAGAAGACAUGAUUGACAUAAAACUGGAAAAGCCUCAGGAGCAACCAGUUAGCGAAGGAGGCUGUUCCUGCUAAUCCCUCAUGGCAUCUUUAGCUUUCCUCCAGAAGCUCACUGCUUUGGCCCCCUUACACUUUCAUUGACUGCAGUGUGAAUAUUGGCUUAAACCUUUUCCCGUCAGUAAUAACGUAUUGCAAUUCUUCAUUGCUGCCUGUCUCGUGGAGAUGAUCUAUUAGCUUCACAAGCACAAAAAAGUCAGUGUCUUCAUUAUUUAUAUUUUACAAAAAGCCAAACGAUUCCAGCAUAAUUCCAGUGGUAACUUUGAAAAUUAGGUACAUAUUCUUAACUUUUUUUUCCUUUUUAAUGUUAUGGUAAUGCACUUCAGAAUGAUGGAAAUCUCAACAGUAUGUGGCUUGGUUAAGGAACAGUUGUUCAUAUUAGCACUUGCCUACCUACUUGAUCUCUCCCUGCUUUUAUCACCUCUCUCUUACCGCAUUCCUUAUUGUUACUUUUCCUCCCUCAAAACAAGAGGUGGCAAAGCAGCAAUCAGGCCAAACCCAUUGGAGUUGUCCUUCAAUUUUAGUGAUCCCACUUGUUCUAGGCCUUCUGUUAAGAUAUCCAAUAUUAUUCUUGAGCACUGAUAUUAAAAUUAGACAUUAUUUGAGGUCAAAACUCAACUAUCAUGGUAAUCAGUGCUUGAAUAAGAAAAAUGUUUUGGUGCAUCUUUAAAAUGAGUCCUAAUGAACAUAGUACUUACAAGUAAAUGAACACAAAAUGUAUUUCUGACCAAACAACCCUUUCACAUGUUAGACUCUGGGAGAGAAAAGUAAAAGUGCUUCAGAACAAGUUGUUAUUAUUUCUUCUAAUGAACUGUUUCCCCCAAGAUUUUAAAAUUGUCAGGAUAAUCUGUUAAAAAAGAAAAAUAUUUUUAAGCAAUAGACUUCUCUUAUUUAUUUAUUUUUUUUAAUGCUAUGCAGGCAAGGCACUAUAGAAAUCAAAUUCCUUUAAGAACCAGUGGAAAAAAAAUUUUUCCCCCCCAGUGGAAGAAUUUAAAUUUGGCACCUGAUCAGAACUAUAACCAGUAGAAACAAUGAUCUCUCAGGCUUAAGCAUCCUCAACAAAAUAGCAAAUAUUUUGCUCAGGAUAUUUGUGGUCAAAUUGACAAAAUAGCAAAUAUUUUGCUCAGGAUAUUUGCGGUCAAAUUGAAAAUGGCAAGUUUCCUAUAGAGCCCCUAGAGGCAGAUCUGAAAAAGCGUACUUAGAAGAGGAAAAGGAGAGAAUGGAAAUGAAAAUAUUAUGCAGAUUUAUGCCUUAUUUUCUAGCUUUUUUUAAAUGUUGGGUCUUUCAGGCUGGUUUGCUUUUUAUUAGAUCUGUAUAGUUUGGUUAAUUAACUAGUGAUUUAGUUUUAUAUUUAAGCUACAGUUAAUCUUUUUGGUGAUAUUUAUUUCUUUGCCUUUUUUUAAACUACUUUCAAUUUUUAGAUGUUUUGUUCAAUAUAUUUAGAGCUUCAUCACCAUGGCAAUAUGUAUUUCCCUUAAAACACUGCAAACAAAUAUACUAGGAGUGCACCAUUUUAAUCUUUACUAGUUAUUGUGAGAUUGCUGUGUAAGUUAAACACAUUUGUAAAUACAUUGUUUGCAGGAAGAAAAUUUAUGAGUUAACAGUUCAGGAAAAGCCUGCUGAAGUUAUGUUGUAAGCAUUACUUAACACAGUGUAAAGAUGAAAAGACAACAAAAAUAUCUUCAUACUUCCUCAUCCCCUCAUUGCAACAAAAACCCUUAACUGGGAGAACCUUAUUCCCCUCCUCUAACCUCUUCCUCCCCCACUUCCUACUUACUGUCUCCUUGUAAUAUUCAGAGAGCACUUGGAUUAUGGAUCAGAAUAGAGAUAUGCUUUCAGAUAAUCAUUAGCCCACAUACCAGUAACUCACAGAUGGGAUGGAGUUGUAAAGUGCUUUUAUAAUGCAAUAUUACUGUUGAAGGCAAGGGUUGACUCUUUUGUUUUAUUUUGACAUGGCAUGUCCUGAAAUAAAUAUCAAUUCAAUAUGGCAGAUGGGUUAUACUCUUUAUUUGGAAGAAGUUGUGAUUUCUGAGGUGGGGGUGAUUACCUUCCUAUCCUGUAGCAUUUGAUUCUUUUUAUGUAUCUUUAAGACAGUAACCAGUUAUGCUGCUUUUAAUAUUGGUAUGUUUAUUUGCUUGGGGUUCUUCAACUGAAGCAGUGAAGUGUGUUCAUAGACCAGAUUUUUUUUAAUAAACACAAUUUUACUCUCAAAAAUAUAAAUAAAAGAAAACAAUUAUUGA